GCGUGAGCUUGUGUUUGUGUGUUAGCCCCGCCCACCCGUCUUCUUCGUGACGUUGGAGCAGAAUGUCGCCGCUGGAGCUGGAGGACUUCAGUUGAARAAAUGGCAGCGCUGAAACAGGAGCACCGGUACGGACUCUCCUGCGGCACAAUAAACAAAAACAACCCAAAUCAGAGUCUUUAUCACGUCAAACUCACUGACACCGCCAUCCGGACCCUCGAAGCCUACCAGAACCUCAAGUAUGUAAAGAUCCCAGUGCCAAUCCCCGAGUCUCCAGAGGGAUUCAGAGUCUUCUCAUUUUACCUGUCCAGUGACAGCAAAGACAAGCCUCAGUCCAGCUUCGACUGCAUUCACCAGUACGUCUCAGGGGAGGGCAGGGAUCAACUGGAGAGCCAGGGCAGCAUUCAAGACAAGAUUAUCGUUUGUGCCACGGAUGAUUCCUACCAAACGACACGGGAGCGCAUGUCUCAGGUGGAGAAGGACAUCUGGAGCCGCACAGCGAUUGAGAUCAAACCAGGGCCAAGUAAAUGUGUAAAGGUCCAGAGGAAACCAGGCAUGGUGCUGAGCUCUGACAGCACCAACAAGCACUCCCCCAGCAACAAGAGGACCCUGCUCCCCAGCCCUGUUGCACAUCGAUCCUUAAAGGAUCGCAUCAUUCAUCUCCUGGCCCUAAAGCCCUACAGAAAACCAGAAGUGCUCCUGUGGCUGGAGAGGGAGCGGGCGAGCCCAAAGGACAAGGCUGAUCUGGCCUCGGUACUAGAUGAGGUUGGUAAACAGAAUCCUAAAGACCACAGCUAUUCUUUGAAGGAUGAACUCUACAGACACGUCCAGAGAGACUGGCCUGGAUAUCUAGAAGAGGAGAAGCAACUUAUCCACAGGCUGCUGAUGAGGAAACGUCAGCCGCUCCACAGUAGCCAGUUAAAGAGCCCGCAGUCCAACCAUUCAUUCCACAAAACACUUGGCGACUCUCCGUCACGACUCAGCCCGGCCAAGAACCUCUCAGUGAAACGCCCACUGACUUUAGAACCAUCCAACAUUCAGACCCCUAAAAAACAAAAGCUGUCCGGAGACCAUUUGCCCCUGCAGUCACCUUCCCGUCCAGACUGUGGCACCAACGGAGCCCGCAGCUCUUUCAGUCACAAAAACUCCUGUGCCGAGAUUAAAUCUGAUUUUGACAAAGCCAGCAGCCGUCUCCAGGGAAGCCCCGACGGUCUGUACUCGCCACACAAACUCAGCGCUUCAUCUGCUUUCUCCAAGCUAGAGAGGACAGAACCAAGUCCCACUUCUCCCAGUCCCAAGUCCCCGCUCAACGACGCCUCCAGAUGUGCCGAGCAGCAGCUCAGCAACGGCCAGCAUAAAAAGAAAAAGUCCAAAAAACACAAAGACAAGGAACGGGAUCGCUUAAAACCAGACUGGAUAGAGACUAGUCCAGAGCUGAAGCAGAACCAAGAAAACAUCAAAGCUACGGACCACGAUGGAGAGAAAACACCUGUUAACCGAACCUCCGCAGAGGAACUGCCUGACUAUUUAAUAAAAUACGGCGCCAUAACAUCAGUGGAACAGCGCCAACAGUACAACGACGACUUCUGUGCCGAAUACGACGAGUACAGAGCUCUGCACGACCGGAUCGGAGCCAUCACUGAGAUGUUUGUUCAGUUGGGUUCAAAGAUCAACACUCUCUCUCCGGGAACACAAGAGUACAAGCUCAUGGAGGAACAGAUACAACAGAAGUACAGAAAAUAUAAGAAAAAGUUUCCUGGGUAUCGAGAAGAGAAGAAGCGAUGCGAGUAUCUCCACACCAAACUGUCACAUAUCAAAGGCCUGAUCACAGACUAUGACCGAGCUCAGGGAUGUUCCUAGUAACUGCCCCUCCCCUCAAUAGGGACUUAACUGGACCAAAAGAAAGACUCUUUAAGUGGACCCAAGGACUGCCCAGCUGGAUUCAGAAGUUGCUGAAACACUAUUCACUUUACUCCUCAGAGUGUUAUGAAAUCAAGAAGCAAGGUUCUUUUUCUCUUUUUUUUUUCUUUUAGUGGGCUAAGACCACCAACUCGUGAUCAAAUGUUACCCUUUAAAUGGAUUUCAGAAGCCUUGAUAGCUGUAGCUGGAUUCUGUUCUGCUGUAAAAACGUGAUUCUUCCUGCCAAACUGCGUCGUUUUGAAACUAUAUCCUUUACUGCCUUUCAACUUCAGAGGUUUGGUUUUUUAGUAUUGAAGUGAUGGUACAAUCAAAUUUAGGGAUAUACUAAAGAUUUUGUAUUUAAAUACAAAAAGUGUUGUGUAUUUGCUUCUUGCAGAUAGAAAAAUAUAUUCACUUGCAUCAAAUGUUCAUUUCUUACACUAAGAUCACAUUUUGACUAAACUGUCAUUUAACUAAUCGAUUUUUCUKUCUGAUCCAAACAAAAAACAUUUUUCUGCAGAACUAAGACCUGAUCUGAUACAAAAUGUGCUCUAGAGUCCAUAGUUUUAAACUAGGGCUGCACAAUGCUAGGUAAGCAGGCGAUUAGAAUAUUACAGAGAAAUAUUUUAACAUUAAGAGAUUAAGCUGAGGAAUUCUGGAAAUAUUCCAAAUUGGAAACUUUUCAUUGGAAUUAUUUAUGGUUAUUUAUGGGAAUUACCUCCAAUUUUGUUUUUGUAUAUUAAGUAAACCAUAUCAAAAACAAAACAUAAACCUUUUAUUUUAGGCAGAUAAAAUCAUGGACAAAGUUGAUGAGAAAAAUAACCAGUGGUGGGCGUGGUUCCGCUAACAGCAGAACCGUUUGUUUAGCUUUGUCCAUCACUACUCAUUUAUUAACCUACUUUGCAUUUGAUGGCAUUAAUGCAUCACAAAUUGUUGGAAAACACCUUUUUUUUACUUUAUGCACACAAUUCUAAAUAUAACUAAAUAGUAUUUAAUAAUUAUUUUUGCCUUUGAUUUUAUCUGCAUCAAAACAAAUUGAAUUUCAGUAAACAGCAUUUCACAAUAAAAGUAUUUAUAACUUGGAAGAAAACGUUUUACGCUCUCAGGUUUAUCAGUUUUAGGAUGUGAUACAGAAAUCUGCAUUAUGCUACUGUGUAUUUUCACCCCAACUAUAUUUAAAAUCUUUUAAAAUUCCCAUAAAUUUUAAUUUCAAUGGAAAGUCCCGCUCCACAUUCUCCUCACUCCUCAGCAGUUCUUAUUGUGAUACAGUACUUAUAUUUAUCCUGCAGCCCUUUUUUUAGAGCUUCAAUCAAAAGGCAUAUCACAUCACUUAAUGCUGUUGUCCUUUUUCAUUUCUCAGAAAUGUUGCCACAAAUCGACCCUUCACAGAUCUUUAAAACUCUGGUUUUAGGACAGUGCUGUGCACAUUUCGCCACUUUCACCCACAUGUAGCCUACAGCACCAUGAGCUGCCUUUUUAUGUUUUCAUCUCUCAAGUCUUACAGGUUCAAUCAUUCCUUGUUUACAUGUAGAUAAAACGACAAUUUAUCCAACGUGCGUAAAGUUUAGAAAGCUCACAGUGUAUUUAUCUUGGUGACGAUCAGAGUCACUGCAGAUUUUAGUCCACUGAUAUUACUGUGGUUCAAGCCUUUAAUGUCGGGGUUUCACUUCACUGAACGGUUUCAUGUUAUUCAGCUGAAUGUGAAAGAAAUGCCUUCUGGGUUAGAGAGGCUUUUAAAUGAACGACAGGUAUGCGUGUUUAAUCACAGCCUGUCGUUUUAUUUCACUCGUUAGAAUAAGAAGUUUUAUUUCUGUUUUCUCUGAGCGUUUGUGUCGGUGUAAACGGAAGAAUGAAGGUGAAGUUUGCCUCGACGCGAAUCGUCUAUUUCUGUCGUCCCUAAAACGCUCCCGCUUUGUUGUCUCGUGAAGAUUUCAGUUACUGUUGUGUAAAAUCUGUCUUAUCUGUGUUUCUUAUUUUGUAUUUCAUUUUUAUUUCAGUUGUAGCUUCAGUUUUUUUUGUCUUAAUUUUAUCUGAUAAUCAAGAAUUGUACAGAAAUUUCACUGGUUUUAUCUGGCACCUCUAUCAAACUGCAGAAUCUUUGCACAACUCCAUCUUUAAAAAAAAGCCUCUUUAAUUCUGAUAAUUUCAAAGUACUCGGUUGGUUUUUAACCAGACCGUUUUCAUCCUCAGAGCUCUGGUGUGUUUGAAGGAUUUGAGUCGUGUUAUAUAAACUCGUCAAACAAAUAUUUAUUAGCACUGACCACUGGAGAAACAAAAGGUGUUUAAAGUCGUAAAAUUUGAUUAAAAGCUCUAUUCUUAAAGCUUUGGUGUGCCAAAAAUAAAAAGUCAGUUUUAAAUCUUAGAAUUAUUUUAUGUAAAAAAUAAAAUAAAAUAUUGAUUUUCAAAAUAAAAGUGUCCUUCAUGGAUAAACAUGAGAAAAUGGACUGUAAGAAUUAAUUUAAAUGUGGGUUUUGUUUUAUAUGUGAAAAGACAUGAAGACGGUUCACUUAAAUACUCUUAUUUAUUAGCAUUUUGCAUAGUUUAUCAUAUAAAACAAGAAAGUCCUGAAAUAUAUACUAAUCAACAUAAAUAUGACAAAACAUUUCCACCACAAAACACUGAAGAUAAAAGUAAUUAAUUUAACUUUGCAUUUAUUUUGAAACUAAUAUCAUUGGUGACACUUCCUGAGGGGGAAAAAAGUUAAAAUUAUCACAGUGUGAGAGAGAAACGUAUCGUUUGUGUAAAAUGUGCUUCUUGAGAAACUACACCUUUUAAGCAAACUGCAUUUAAGAUUUUUUUCUUUUAAUUGUUGCAGGAGCAAACUACUGACGGUGCCUUUUUCAUUCAGAAAGCAGUGAUUCAUCACAACCAUUAGCUUACUGAGAAUAAAGAUAAAUAAAAACAUACCAGCAGCAUUUACAMAUCUAUAGUUUAACACUGUCGCCACUUCCUGAAACUACUUUUGUCUGAAUAAAAUCUAAAAACAUUUAAUUAGAUCAGAACUCUGAUAAUUUAACAUGUAGAAUUAAGAGUUUUCUAAGACACWUGUUAAAUGUUUUUUUAGCAAUAGUCUGAAUUUAAUUUCAAACUCCAAGUAAAACUGCUUGAAACGCUUUGUUGGUUCUGAAAGAAACCACCAGAGGAAAUGUGAAAUCAAGCCCUUUGCCUCCAACUUAUUUCUGCCUUUUCUUUACGUAUUUAUUGAUUUUGUAUGUUUGUGCUUUUCUGCAUAGCGUUUCCUUCUCUUCGCAGUGAAAACUCAAGUAUUGUGAAAGGGAACCAUAACAUAUUGUAUUUUUGCAUAUUUCCRACGAUGGAUGAUGAUUCACUGCGCCGUCCUCCAGGAAACGCUUUCAAAAACAAAGUGUAUUAUUGUCUCUGAAAUCRAAAAUAAAGCUCUUGAUGAACUGA